GAAGCUUGGCCAAAUAAUCAUCAAAGUAUCAUAUUUAAUCGUCUGUUUGCCAAUACACUCAGUAACUUGUAUUUUUGCACCUCUGUAUUUUCCUCAACAUUCUUGCUUUUGGUUCCUUACGAGGGGAAAAAUAACACAUCUAUGUGAUGGGGAAUUCUCAAGGUAGCUAUGAAGUCAGUCAUACAAAGCCUAAAGAGAAUGUGGACAGCGACUCAGAAGAUGGCGCACUUGGGAUAGAAAGCUGUGCAAUCCCCGCCAGUCGCAUUACCGCCUCAUCUUCAACUGACGCUGCACCAGCAUUCUUUGCGCGCCUCAACGGAACAAAAUCUUGGUGCGCGGGGAGUCCAGCGGAUUGCUUCCUAGAGGUUGACCUCAAUACCAUUCAUUACGUCACGGCUGUAGCAACGCAAGGGAAUCCCUCUGGUAACCAUGACUACGUCAAGAUGUAUAAGAUACAGUACUCUACGGAUGGCGUGGAGUGGCAGUUUUAUAAGGAGAAUUAUAAAGAGGUUCUGGAAGGCAACACAGACAGCGUCACCGCCGUGAAGAGAAAACUUGAUCCAAAAAUAAAAGCUCGGUAUGUUCGAUUCUGGCCCACUGCCUGGUUCCAGUGGCCUUCCCUGAGAGUCGAGAUCUAUGGCAGACCUGCACCACCAGAAAUUAUGGUAGAAAAUGGAGAAACCGUUAUUACUUUCGAGGCAAAAGAGAAACGGUCGGUGGAAGAGAAAGAAUUGAAACAUGAGUUGGAACAUGAAGAAGAAGUGAAUGAGACAAAAGAAAAGAUAGAAGAUCAGGAAAAGCUGUCACUUGACGAAAAUGAACCAGAAGAAAAGAUGAGACGAGGCCAAGAGGUGAAAGAUUUUCAACAAGUAGAAAUUGAAAUCAAAGGAUCGGAUGGUGGCAGCGGCAGCGAGGGUCAAUUGGAACAGGACGAACUGGCCAAUGAUGACGAGACGGAAACCCUGGAGAAGAUCUUUGAGAGCCUCGACACCAGCACACCUGCCAAACCAAACGGUAUAGUAAACAAUCAGACGGACAAAAACUUAGAAAGAGAAGAAGGCGGUGAUGGUAGUUUGAAACGACUCAUGGAGGUCAAAACUAAGCUCGUGUUCGAAGCAGAAGCGAGGAAACUUCGCGAGGAGCAGAUAGUAGAGAUGAGGAGAAAGAAAAAGAAGAAAGUAACGCUAGAUUAUGAGACUCCCGACUACUUUUACGUCCCACGACGGGUCUAUAACGAUAUGUGGGGUGAUUCUCCUAGUGGUUCAUUAUCAGAUGGACUGGACAACGAAAGCAAAGAGGAAAAACCUUUGAUAGAACAGAUAGACGGUGGUGCACCGUUGGCCAAACUGGAUGAUGACAUGAUCGACGAAGCCACGGACCAGACACGAACUGUAACUAUAAGGACUGUCACGACUCGAAUACAUCACGAACACGGCCGAGAACAUCACGAACACGAACAUCACGAACAACACAAACGUGGCGGAGAAAAUCACGAACAUCAGGAACACGUACAAAAACAUCACCCACAUCACGACGACCGAAUCAUCGAAAGUAAAGAUGGAACUAUCGUUACCCCGUCCUCGGCAGAGAUCAGCUACAAUGAGCCAGAAUUCUUCAAUUCAUCUGUGGCGGAAAAGAGCCAAAGCGAGCCAGAUUUCUUGUUGCUGAACGGUUUUGGUAGUAAGCCAGUACCAUUUGCUGCACGAGCAUCGUGCGAACACCUGCAUCCCUUGGACCCAGUGGUACAGGUUGCCAUGGAAUCCAGUUUCAGCGAGAGGGUCGAUUCACUUGAUCAAAUUAACCUGGACCCGGUGACCAAUCGAAGGUUUAGUGGACUCGAUCUACUGCAGUCACCGUACGAUGCUGUAAGCGGUGAUGAUAUUGAACGGCUAUUGGCUUGGGAAGAUGACACACUUCCUGGGUGGACCAGAGUCAAGAAAACACGAGACUAUGAAAUAUGGAAAGGAACAGCUGUAGAUGGUGGACCACCUAUUAUAAAGACAGUGAUCACGUUAAGAAAGAUCGCUUACGAUGAAGCGGUACGACGCAUUACUGACUGGGAAACUCGUAAAGCAUGGGACAAGACUUUUGACAACAUAACUUUCAUUGAGCAAAGCUACAACUUUAAUGUGCUUCAUUGUUCGAUCAAGAAGCAAGGCCUUACUCUAGCAGUUCUCGAUGACGUGGAUAUCGAUGAACCUUACCACGCGAGCGUUUGGAGUGUGGCUGAUCAUCCUGACAGCUCUUUACUUUCAAAAGGAAAACCUCUAAGAUACGAGACCAUGAUAUCAGGGCUGGUUAUUCGACCAACACCAGACGGCUAUCCUUCCUCAAGAGUCACGCUCAUUUGUCAAGUCAAAGGCACAGUUUCACCGCCAUUAAGGAAUUCAUUUUUAGUAGGCAACCCAGAUAAAUGGCUGGACACGCUCAAGAAGUAUUCUCCAGCAAAGAAGUAGAAAUAAUAAACAGAGUUUUAUAAGGUGAAAGUAGGUAGAUUAGUAUUUGUAUUACGAGAUAAAGAGAGAGUAGGAAUCGCGACACGACGGAAAUCAGAAAGGAGAACGACUGUUCCAACACAGUGUUUAAUGUGAACAGGUUUUACCGAGGGUAUGGUAAGCCUCAACAGAAUGAACACAGAGAUAAAACUGAGGCAAGACCAUUAGAUAAUUGAUAAUUGAAGGGUGCGUAAUUCCCCUAAAAAAUUACGAUGCAUGCACUUCACCUACCGAAAAAAUAUUGCGCAACUUUUUUUUAGAAAAGAAAUAUCUUGCAAACGCAAAAAGGGGUUAUGCUCAGGGGUUAUUUAAAAAAAUAUUGUGCAACAUAAAUUCCUGCAGCACCCUCCCCCCCUUAAUUAUCUAAUAGCCAAUCACUAAAAUCGGCAGUUGGUGAAACACCAGCUCAGUAGUGUUGGCAUUAGAUUAUGAGAAAAUGACUCGAAGGUAGUGAAUGUAUUUCUAGCUUCCAGUAAUUGAAUAUUACUAAUUACAAAAGGCAGACAAAGGGAAUUGUCUUGCGCGCCACCCCGGGAAAACGUAAACAAGAUUUAGUGAUUUUAGUUUAGUUUAGUUUAUUCGUCACUAUUUACAACCUGAGGUACAAUAUGUGAUCUAAUGAAAUAAGUGAGCUAAAUAUAGUUAUAUAGAGACAAAAAGGAAAAGAUAGUGAAAAAGAAGUAGGUUAAUAUGAUAAGAGCGUGACAGGAGGAGGAUACAGGACUUGCGUCCCAAUUGACAACCUUCCCCUAUUGUAGUAAAACUGAAAAAAUACCAGGAGGUACUUCUUAGAACAAUUUUGCAUUAUGAAAAAAUUAGUAUGAAAUACAAGAGUGGAGAGGCACUUCUGACUGCUAUUGGCGCAUCAAAACAUUAAUGUUAUUAUAUUGAAUUGUUCUAACGACUUUUCGAAGCCAAGCACGUGAUAUCUAACGACGGAAUAAUUAAUUAAUCAAAAGGGAAGCAGAAACUGGAAAGCUUCGUUUGGGUUUCCUGUGUCAAUUGUACUUUUCUACGGUCAACCUCUGUACUAAAAAUGUCGAAUAUUGACUGCGCAUGUUUAUGUAAAUUAACACCAUGUUUGGAGUUGAAAUAAUAAAACUAGUUCAAGACUAAAAA